GUCCACACUAUGAACGCGCUGGUGGCAUACGGGAGCAGCGACGACGAGGAAGAAGAAAAAGAACAUGAUGAUGAGGUUCGACCGGAAAAGCGCGCCAAGAUGGCAAAGACGGCCACUGAUGCGCCUGUGUCGAUGACAAUCGCGAAUGAUGAUGCGCUCAAGCAGCCACAAGAAGCACAGCACGCAUCGAUUGUUGUACCACAGCCAAUAGCUUCAGAGACAUCUACCUCUCCAGCAGUCCAUGGCCCAGCCCCAGGACCUGCGGCAGGCCCAUCGUAUCCUGUUGGACCCUCCGAAGACGACCUGCCUUUCGACCCAUAUACCUAUGAACGCCAGCGCUUACGGGAGCUCACCAUGCCCACCGUGCCCAACUUCGAGAUCCCCGACUCCCCACCUCCACCUCCGCACAACAGCGAAGAAGCAGCAGUGCUAGCUGCCACGACCAAGAAGUUUGAGCGCUUUCUCGAACUCAAGCGGCAAGGUGUCCAUUUCAACGAGCGAUUACAAACCUCUGCAAGCCUGAGAAACCCAAGCUUGUUGCCAAAGUUGAUGGACUUUGCGGGAAUCACUCGAGAAGAGAGUUAUGCGAGCAGUUUGAGCGAACAGGUGGCUGUGCCGGUGAAGUGGCCCGAAGACUGUUAUGUCGAAGGUCUGAUGAAGCAGAAUGAGAGGAGAGAGAAGAAGAGACUGCGAGAGAGGGAUAAAGUGGAGUUCGUGCCUGCUCGGAAUGGUGAGAGCAGUGUCAGUGGGACGGCGGAAGAUGCUGCCGGUGGUGGUGAUGGCGAUUUGAAGAGAAGCAAGUCUGAUCGGGGGUGAUCAUGCUGCGCUGUCCAGUCUGGUCUCAAAAGACCAUCCCAGCUUCAGCCAUAUUGGUGUGACAAGUCUAUCAGGGCGACUCUGGCGCUGCUUUUCUUGUCUUCGGAUCCUACCCAGCUCAUUGCGUAUUGACUCGACGCGCGAUAGUGGAACGUCACAGACAUGAUUGUACAUACCUAGACUACGAACAAGAAUCCACAGUUGGGGUAUGGAUCGAGCCGACGAUACGACUUCAGG